CCGCAAUGUCAAUAUGCGGUCUGUUUGCGAUCUCCUUGAUUCCACAUGCUUCUUGUGCGUUAGGCACUAGACAGUCAGCUGCGCCGACUUGGGUCAUGUUUCAUUUUCAGCGCCCCUGCAUCAGACAGAAGAGCAACACUAUGUCAGGCUGAGGAGAACCGCUCCCCAUGCAUCAGCACCUUGCACCGGAUGAUCAUUACGACUAAUUCUUCCCAAUACGCAACAUGUUAGUCACCGACUAUCAUGUAGGGUGGAUAUCUGCACUGCCAUUGGAAGAGGCUGCAGCUCUGGACAUGCUCGACGAGGAGCAUGACAAUAUCCAGCUAGCAAGCUACGACACCAAUAACUACAUUUUGGGCCGAAUCGGGCCGCACAAUGUAGUCAUCGCAUGUCUACCUCAAGGGGUUAUUGGUUCUGUAUCAGCAGCCUCUGUAGCCAUCCCGAUGCGCGCCACCUUCCCCUCCCUUCAAUUCAUCCUGCUCGUGGGAGUUGGUGGUGGCGUCCCCACAACGCAGCAUGACAUUCGACUGGGAGAUGUUGUCGUGAGCCGUCCGUCAGGGCAGUUUGGUGGCGUGGUCCAAUAUGACUUCGGGAAAACCCUCCAUCAAGGUCGUUUUGUUCGAACUGGCUCACUCAAUCGCCCACCCGACGUAUUGUUGAAUGCUGUUUCAAGCCUGGAAGCCCGGCAUCUCAGCCAAGGAGGGUCUCAAAUCAGUGUCAUUUUAGAGGAUGCCAUCCGGAGGAACCCACGCCGAAGGAAGGCUUGCAGUUAUCCAGCUACUGACAAAGAUGAAUUGUUUGAGUCUUCUUACGCACACCGAACCUCGGAUGGUGCACUCUGCGAUGCUUGUGACCGUGGUAGACUUGUUAGCCGCCCAGCUCGCUCCGAGACUCAUCCAACAAUACACUAUGGGCUAAUCGCGUCCGGUAGCCAGGUUAUCCGGGAUUCGAUAAUGAGGGAGCGUCUCAGUGCAGAGUUGGAUGUUCUUUGCUUUGAGAUGGAAGCUGCUGGCUUGAUGAACUAUUUCGACUGCUUGGUUAUUCGAGGCAUUUGCGACUACUCGGAUUCACACAAAAACAAGCGAUGGCAGGAGUAUGCUGCUGCUACCGCCGCAGCUUAUGCGAAAGAGCUUUUGUGGAUUAUCCAUCCACAGCCCACCUUCCGAGCAAUCAUGGCAGACAGGACUCAUGGCGAUAGUGGGGAUGUCAGGGCUCAACAUAGCCAGCGGCACUCGCUCCAAUCAGGUCCAGUAUCUGGUUUCGACGCCACAUCUCCGGCGGCGGGUAGAUACCAUUCAGCUGCCGCCGAAUCAGCAUGUCUCAAGUCGCUAUGGUUUAAAGAAAUGGGCGGCCGCCGAGACAACAUUGUUCGUGCAGCCGAAGGAACAUGUUCCUGGCUGACAGAACACCCAGACUAUCAGCAGUGGGCAACACAGAAGCAUGGUCUGCUUUGGAUAACUGGCUUCCCGGGGGCCGGCAAAAGCGUUCUCCUCGACACUCUAGUGAGCAAGGUUGAGAGCCAGAGAGAGGAGAACGUUAUUGUGGCUUCAUUUUUCGUUCAUGGCCGUGGCACACAGAUGCAGAAAUCUCCCGUUGGGUUAUAUCGGUCCAUUCUGCAUCAAAUACUGACGAAAGCCAAGAUACUACUCACCGAAUUCACAGAAACUUUCGUGGUGAAGCAACUCAACCAAGGUGAAUAUGGGCACUCUUGGACAUGGCAUGAAAAGGGUGUGUUCGACUUCCUCAAUACACGAGCAAAGCAAUAUUCUCGCCAUUCUAUCAAAAUCUUCAUAGAUGCCUUGGACGAAUGUGGCGAAGAGACGGCAAGAAAGCUCUCGUCAGAGCUCUGGACACUGACAACCCCAACUCCCGAGGUUCGAUCAGCAAUAAGUGUGUGUAUAACCUGCCGUCACUAUCCUGUUAUGGAUCUCUUUGAUGCCCCCGAGAUCUGUGUCGAGGAUCAGAAUUCUAGCGACAUUUCUAGAUUUGUGCAGGGCGAGCUUGCAAAAGUCUUCAAAAACAACCACUCGAGGGGAUAUGUCGAGCACGAAAUUUUGCGCAAAGCAGCCGGCAACUUUCUGUGGACGGCCCUCAUCCUCGACCAAACAAAGCGAAAAGGACGUCAUGGCUAUGGCUUGGAAAGGAUUCGCAAAGAAAUUCAGAAUAGCUCGCCGGAGCUUGGCCAAAUAUACAAGGAGGCGUUGACGAAGAUACCACUCGAGGACAGGAUGGAUGCAAUACGCCUCUUCGAGUGGGUCUGCCUAAUCGAGGAGCCGCUUUCCCCAGUCCAGAUGCGCUAUGCACUGGCCUUUGACCCGCAGGCUCCAGCGAGGACUCUUGCCGCAUGGGAGAAAUCAGAAACAUUUGUUGAGACGGACGAGCGAAUGGAACUGUUGAUAAACGCUCUAUCCGGUGGCCUUGUCGAGAUUGCAAAGGGAGAUUACAUCAUUCAGUGCAUUCAUCAGUCGGUCAAGGACUACAUACUACAGCAAGGCCUGCAGGAUCUGGAGCAAUCCAUCAGCCAAGAAGGAUUGAGUGCUGUGCUUGGCUCUACUCUAUCACAAGCUCAUGAGCUAAUAUUCAAAUGCUGCAUGCAUUACAUCCUCACGGACGAAGUUCUUUCGCUUGGUGUCAAAGAAGCGCCUUUUCUGGCAAGCCAAUAUUCCUUCAUUCAGUAUGCUGUGUCCAGGUGGCCCUCGCAUCUGAAAAAAGCCGGCCAGGAUGGUAGACUACAGCGGGAGCUUCUGACAUACAUCCGGUGGCCUGACCGGACUCGUCUGGAGCACUGGCUUUCACUAUGCUCGGUGGAUUCUCGUGCUUGCGCUCUUCAAGCGGGUGCACAUAUACUGCACGUUGCUGGUUAUUUUGAUCUUUGUCAUGUCAUUGAUGCCGUCUUUGAAAACCACGCAUUCGAGACCAUUGAUGCUAGAGAUACCCAAGGAUGCACCCCUCUCAUUUGGGCAGCAAAAAAUGGACAUGCCGAUGCGGCGAGAUGCCUCAUCAGUCACGGGGCAGACGUCAAUUCAUUUGAUUUGGAACGACAUUCGUCCUUGUGGUGGGCCUCAAAUUACGGCCACUUGGGCGUGGCACAGAUCUUAAUGCAACAUGGAGCGGAUGCUGAUUUACAGGAUGAAACGGGCCGUACGGCAUUAUUUUGCCCUGCGGAAAACUUUGACGAAGCAAUGGUCGAUUUCCUUCUCUCUCAAGGCGCAAAUCCGAAUUUACGAGACCACCAGGGUAGGUCACUGCUCUAUUUUCUUAUCGGUUAUGACACCCGGGAGAGGGGAUUCAGAAUCAUCCGACGACUGUUAGAAAAGGGCGUAGAGCCAAGCAAGAAGUUAUCGGAAGAUGAGUUGCUGCUGCAAUGGGCGAUAUAUGGCGACCUGCCUGAAAUCAUCGAUCUCAUAUUGAAAUUUGACCCAUUUGCCCACGACGACAGCCGACGAGCAUUGGCUUUAUAUCAGGCCUUACACAUGAGGAAUCCCUCCAUUGCCCUGAAGUUUGCCAAUGCUGGGGUCAGUGCGCAGAAGUUCACAGACUUCGCUGGCGAAACCCCCAUUGCCUACGUCCUGUCGAGGAAUUACCAAGUGAUUGCCGAAACAUUGCUUGAGCGGAAAAAUUGUGACCCAAACGGUCGUGGGUUCAGAGGGACAACUCCCCUUAUGGCUACUGCACAGCGGGGACUUGCUGUUAUGAUGAAGUCUCUGUUCGAUCUAGGUGCCGAACCAAACCUUGCCGACUUUGAAAACCGAACCGCUUUAUCAUUUGCAGCAGAGGGCGGAUACUUAGAUGCUGUUAGCCUUCUCAUUGAAAGGCAUGCCGACCUAAAUUUGAGCGACAAAAGGGGAAAGACACCUCUGAUGUGGGCAGCUGAACAUGGCCAUGAUCAUGUGGUCGAAAUACUAAUUGAAAAGGGCGCAAACCUGAAAGCCCAGGAUUCUUCAAAAUGUUCGGUAUUAUUUUGGGCGGCGAAAGGUGGGAAUAAUACUGUGAUGAAGCUGUUGAGUUGUUUGGACAAGGAGCACCAGAAUUCCCUGGGCCAGACUGCCCUCUGGUGGGCCCUAAUGCAUCGCCAGACAGGUGCUGCAAUUUAUCUACUAGCCUCUGGCGCAAACCCCAACUCAACCGAUAUUGAUGGCAAGAGCCUCCUCUCAUGGACAGUAUCCGCCUCUUAUUUGGACGGCGUCCAGCUUCUCCUCGAAAACGGGGCGGAUGCUAACGCAAAGGACCGCAAACAGCAAGCGGCACUUCUUGUGGCCACGGCGAAUGGCAGCAAUGAGUUGGUAAGACUACUACUUCGGCAUCAAGCGAAUCCCGAGGAGGAAGAUUCACACGGCUAUACUCCGUUGCUUCUUGCAGUCAAAAAGGGCUCGGUAGAUACCGUUGCGGUUCUUUGCAAAGUUGCCGAAUUGAAUCGUGCAGACCGCAGUGGGCGCACGCCACUUCUAUCAGCCGCAAUGAAUGGCAACGAAAUAGUGGCGAAGUGUCUGUUGGAACAUGGAGUCGAUGCCAAUUGCCAAGAUCGUCGAGGGAGGACUCCGCUGUCCUUCGCUUGCGAGUACGGGUAUGAAAGCCUUGUGAAGGUCUUGCUAGAACACCGGAUCAACCCGGACGCUCAGGAUCAGAAUGGACGCACUGCGGUUUGGUGGGCGGCUUCUUACGGCAGAACCGCCAUUCUGAAACUCUUGCUUGAGAAAGGCGCCGAUCCGGAAUUGCCGUCCAAAUCGGGCGAGACUGCGUUGUUGAAAGCUGUUGACAACGGGCAUGUCGAGCCAGCACAGCUGCUUUUGCGACACUUGCCGGCUGCUCAUUCAGAUCCGGAAUGCAGCUCCAGGCUCCUAGGAUUGGCGACAGACAAUUGUGACUCAGCCAUGGUGUCAUUGCUGAUUGAAGAAGGGAUAGACUGCAGUCAACCCCUUCCUUCUGGGCGAACGAUUUUGUCGUGGGCAGCGAGGAACGGUUGCCUUGACGUCCUGAAGACUUUGGACCGUCGCGGGAUCGACCUUGAGGCCCCUUGCGAUCAGCAGGGACUUACCGCCCUUGACGUCGCCUUUGAACGGGGCCACAAGAGAGUGGUAGAGUUCUUGAUGAAAAUUCCGAAACGAUGA